UGUAAUGAUAAUUUUGGUGCGUUCUGUGCGAGCGAAUGUGAUGACAGCAUGGUUGCCAUUGACGACCCUGUUCUGUGCGAAGGAUGGCCAUCGCACGAAAAUCGAAAGUGCUGCAAACCAAAACGAAUCCCUGGAAUCGGAUUCUACAAUCCUUUACCCAUUGAUGAAAAUGGCGUGGCUAUUCUACCUCCACUUUUACCGGAAGACAUGCCAUCGCCUGGAGCUGGUGUCGGAUAUGGGCCUCCAGGUGAAGGAACGUGGCGUGACAACUUUGCAUUCUCUGGUGAGAUUAUCGCAGGAAUCAUCAUUCCAGAGUUUUCGUUAGGUGGCAAAGGCGGCGGACCCGGUGAACAGGGAGACCCGCUUGUAACUACUGGGGAUGGUUUCAGAUACAAACUUCUUGGCAAGCCCUGUGAGUAUAUUAUGUUCCAGGAGGACUCCGCAACUCCGAGUUUCAGAGUAAUAACCAAUCAUGUCGGUGGGACAGUGUUCGGAGAGGAGGCAAGUUUUGUCGGGUCGGUGAAAGUGGAGUAUAACGGCCAGGUUGUAGAACUCUUGGAAGGUAAUGUUAUUAAGGUCGACGCGGUUGACGUCACAGCCGAUCUCACAGUAGAUUAUGCAUCUUUUGAUGGGAUCAGUCUGCGCUGGAACAACCACGUACAGAAAUUCGUGACCGUUGACAUUGGACCUGGACUCUUUGAGAUUGUGUGGAAUGGUUACAAAGGUCACGUGCUCGUCCACCCGAGUGCUGACUUUUCCAAACAAGUAACUGGUCUGCUUGGUAAUUUUAAUGAGGACCAGUUGGAUGAUUUACAAUACAAAGACAAUGGAGUCUGGAAGACCUUGACAUUAGACGCUUCCAGCGAAGACAUGGCGGCGUUUGCAAGCGGCUGGCUUCUGGAUCCUAACAGCUGUUCUUAAAUCAGCAGUGAACCAGAGAAUAAGAUGUAAAUAUUUGAAACCAAUACCUGAAAUCCAAAACACGUCAUAGUUCAUAUGUGUAUGAUAUAUCGUAGUCGAUGAGAAGGUGGUGGGAGUGAUUUUUUUUUUCAAUCAUAUCGGAUAAACAUUCAGAUCAAUAAAAUAUAAAUUAUUGC